AUGGCUCGCACAUCCUCUCGCCAGGCCGCUCAGAAGGCCAAAGAAGCCAUUUCCACAACGAGUGAAACAGGUGGCAAAGUGAAUGCGGGCGCAAAGCGCAAAGCUCGGGAGCAAAAAGCCCCCGAGCCUAAGAAGGAGAAGAGGGAAGAAAAACCAGAGCAGCCGGUGCAGCCAGAGAAGGACAAGAAGGCUGAGAAGCCACAAGAACUAGAACAAGAGAUUGAAAAAGAAAGGCCUCAACAACCGGAGAAAGAAACAGCUGCAGAAACGGAGGUGGAUGGGAUCCCCAAGAAAAGCCCCAAGAAAGAAGAGACAGAGGAAGCUCCUUCCGCAGCUCCUGCUCCAACUCCUCAGCAAGGGACUAACCUCGAGCCAAGUAUCGAGUCUGGUAUUCGCAAGUCUGAAGAGCGGGAGGAGAAAGUCCCAUCCAAUCUUCUUGAAAAGGGCAUCAUUUACUUCUUCUACCGGCCACGCGUGAACAUUGAGGAUCCCCAAGGAGUGGAAGACGUCUCUCGCAGCUUCUUCGUGCUGCGUCCAACCCCGCUAGGCGCUGAACUUGAUUCAGGACAGGGAUCGGUGGAUAAAGAUGCCCGAUGCCGUCUCAUGAUACUCCCGAAGAAAAAAGUUUCCCACUUCGGGUAG